UUCCCUGGCAACCGGUGUGGUCCCGCCGGCGGCGCCUAGGCCGAUGCUCGCCCGGCGGCCGCGGGACCCGCUGCAGGCGCUAAGGCGCCGUGGGCAGGAACUAAAACUGCAGGUUGAUAGUUUGGUUACUGAAAGCCAACUGACAGGUGCUCUGGAACCGAGUAAAAGAAGAGAUAUUUACCAAAGAUGUAUCCAGUUAAAACAGGCAGUAGAUGAAAAUAAAAAUGCUCUUCAAAAAUUAAGCAAGGCUGAUGAAUCUGCACCUGUCGGGAACUAUGAGAAGAGAAAGGAGGAGGAGUACAGUCUUCUGGAAAAGCUGACCUGCCAGCUGCAGGAGCUUGCUGUGGGCGUCAGCAAGAAGGACACUCUCAAAGACGAGACACACAGUGACAAAGAGGAUGAGGACUUGACCGAAGAAGAAGAUGAAGAAGAAACUGAAGAAACCGGUGGAGAGGAAGAAGAAUCAGAAGGAGACGAGGAAGAAAAGCAGGAACAAGACUCCCCCAAACAAGCAGAAAUCAUCACGUACUUUGCUCUCGGGGACUUCGCUGCUCAGCAGGCUGGGGACCUGACAUUUAAGAAAGGGGACAUUCUCCACAUAAUCGACAAAAAGCCUGAUGGUUGGUGGCUGGCCAAGGAUGCUGAAGGGAAUGAGGGUCUCAUUCCCAGAACCUACUUGGAGCCAUAUAAUAAAAAAGACAAACAAGAAUCGAGUGAAGAAGGCAGCAAGGAGGGCAGCGAAGAGGAUGUGGAGGUGGUGGAUGAAACUGCGAACGGAGCCAAAGUAAAGCAGAGAACUGAUUCUCACUGGAGUGCUGUUCGAAAAGCUCUCUCAGAGCAGAUAAACACGAUCGAAACGUUAGCCACCAUGGGAGCCAUUCCUGCAGGGUUCCGGCCAUCCCUGCUCGCCCAGCUGCUGGAUGAAGGGAACCGGUUUCAAGCAAGCUACUUCUUACAGCCGGAGCUCACGACAUCGCAGCUGGCCUUCAGAGAUCUCCUGUGGGAUGCUAAAGCAGGCACGAUUAUGUCAAGACUAAGUCGUGUGUCUUUGAUUCUGACCCUCUGGAGCUGUAAAAUGAUUCCUCUCCCAGGAACAAGCAUACAGGUUCUCAGUAGACAUGUGCGUCUCUGUCUGUUCGAUGGUAGUAAGGUUCUGAGCAACAUCCAUACAGUUCGAGCAGUCUGGCAGCCUAAAAAGCCCAAAACAUGGACCUUUUCUCCCCAGGUCACUGGCAUCCUGCCAUGCUUGCUCGAUGGGGACUGUUUCAUCAGGUCCAAUUCUUCAACUCCAGACCUUGGGAUAUUAUUUGAACUUGGAAUUUCUUACAUUCGCAAUUCAACUGGGGAGAGAGGAGAGCUAAGCUGCGGCUGGGUAUUUCUGAAGCUUUUCGAUGCCAGUGGAGUUCCUAUUCCAGCAAAAACGUAUGAACUCUUCUUGAAUGGCGGCACUCCUUACGAAAAAGGCGUUGAAGUGGACCCCUCGGUGUCCAGAAGAGCCCAGGGCAGUGUGUUCCGUCAGAUGAUAAGCAUGCGGAGGCAGCCUCAGCUGCUGGUGAAACUGCGUUCUCUGAACCGGAGGUCAAGGGCCAUGCUCAGCCUGCUGCCCGAAACCUUGGUGGGGAGCAUGUGCUCCGCUCACUUACUGAUAUUUUACCGACAAAUCCUUGGAGAUGUGCUCCUGCGAGACAGGACGAACCUGCAGAGUGCUGAUUUAAUUAGUCAUCCAGUGCUGGCCACCUUCCCUAUGCUCCUGGAGCAGCCCGACGUGAUGGAUGCUCUCAGGAGUUCAUGGGCCGAGAAAGAAAGCACACUAAAACGAUCAGAAAAGAGAGACCAAGAGCUCCUGAAGGCCGAGUUCCUCCUGGUUUACCAUGACUGCGUGCUCCCUCUUCUGCAUUCGACACUGCUGCCCCCGUUCAAGUGGGCAGAAGAGGAGACGGAGGCUGCGCGAUGGAAAGCCAUCGCUGACUUCCUCAAGCAGAGCAGAGAGAACGAGGGCUCCCUGAAGGCUCUGCUGUCACCAGACGGGGUCCACGAACCAUUUGACCUUUCAGAGCAGACCUAUGACUUCCUGGGGGAAAUGAGAAAGAGCUCAGCCUGACAGCAGCCAUGGCCCCGCUCCCCACUGGACCCUGGGAGCUCAAACGGCAGAACCAAAAGAAAUGGACUGGUUAGAACUUAGGUCAUAUUCUUUUGUGUACAAAUUCUAUUUUCAAAGAAAUAUCUAAUAAUUUUGUUGUAUAAAACAAUAAAAUACAUUUUAUAAGGAA